AUGUCGUCCACUUCUGCAUCUUGGACUGCUUUUAUCAAGAGUUUGGCAUCCUACAACGGAGACCUGUCGUCGCUGACUGCGCCGCCUUUUAUCCUCUCGCCGACGUCCUUGGUGGAGUAUUCCCAGUACUGGUCCGAACAUGUUGAUCUGUUUCUGGCCCCUAACUUCAUCCAACAAGAAAUCAAUGACGUGGACUCUGUUGAGCUCAAGCACAUGGUUGCCGUUCUGCGCUGGUUCAUUUCCACCCUGAAAAGCCAGUACUGUUCUCGAGCCGAGACGCUUGGUGGCGAGAAGAAACCUCUAAACCCAUUCUUAGGCGAAUUGUUUGUUGGUAAGUGGACUGAUGAGUCACCUUCCAAAACCUUCGGAGAAACACUGCUGGUGAGCGAACAGGUCAGCCACCAUCCACCUAUCACGGCCUACGCAAUCCAAAAUAAAACUAAUAAGACCACUCUCCAGGGCUACAACGGAGUUAGAGCUUCCAUGUCGGCAACCGCAUUGAACGUGAGACAAUACGGCCAUGCUUUGCUAAGCUAUGAGAAUCUCAAUGAGAAAUACCUGAUCACCCUACCACCCCUCCAUAUCGAAGGUAUAUUGAUGGCAGCUCCUUUCGUCGAACUAGAACAAAAGUCUUACAUCCAGUCAUCGACAGGAUACGUUGCGGUCAUCGAAUACUCUGGCAGGGGCUAUUUUUCUGGUAAGAGCAACAGCUUCAAAGCCAGAAUCUACAAGAACAUUAGCGAGGCUGAGGACAAGACGAAGGCUCUAUACACCGUCAGUGGCCAGUGGUCGGGCGUCUCGUCCAUAUCAAGAGGUAACGCUGUUGCUUCCGAUGCACAAGUGUUCUUCGAUGCCAAUAACUCCAAACCUCAACAUCUGACGGUCAAGCCUAUCGAAGAGCAAAGCCCGCUGGAAAGCAGAAGAGCCUGGCAGAAAGUUGCCGAUGCGAUCAGGGCUAAUGAUUACAAUUUGAUCCACGAAGAAAAGACAAAGAUCGAAAAUGAACAACGCGAGCUGCGCAAGAAAGAAGCUGCUGAUGACACUCCUUGGAAACAGAAAUUUUUUGAGGAAAUUGACUAUACAACUCUGACAGAAGAAGAUGACGAAACGGGAUAUAUCAAGCUUGCCAACAUGGCAAACUUGUCGCUGAAAAACGUUCCCUCCGGUACCAGAAAGGGCUCGUCUAAAGACAAUGAAACCGAAGCAGGGUCUCACUGGAGAUUCUGUACCGAAAGGUUAGAUACCACAGAUAUCGUUUUCUAAUUAUACCGGAGUGUGCUCUCCUGCGAGCUCCGUAGUAGAGCUGUUGCUCGAGUCACUGAACGCUUCAUUCCGGAUAGCUUGAAUCCAUGGAUCUUGUAGAAGCUCCACUGCAGUGAGACGCUUUGUUGGAUCAAUAUCCAGACACUUCGCCAGGAAGUGCUGUCCUUGAAUGCUUAAUUGGUCGUUGCUUGGGAAUUGAGGGAGAUGUCCUGCAGCAAUAUGAUACAUGACAGCAAAUUCGUUGUCCAGAUUAGCCCAUGGUCGUCUUCCAGUGGCCAUUUCCAGUAAGCAGCAACCCAAUGACCAGAUAUCAAUGGCACCAAACUUGCCUAUCGUUUCUCCCCUGAUUGUUUCCGGCGACAUGUACAUCGGCGUACCAGUCAACGCUUGUGUUUUGCGGCCGGAAUGGAGGAUCGAAUUCAAAGUGGCAGUACCGGAACCGCUGCCAUUACCCCCGCUGCUGGAUGAGCCACCUGUUGUAUUUGAGGUGUUGCCGUGUGCAGCCAUUGCGAUCACUUUAGCAGAACCGAAGUCAACAAAUUUAAUGACACCCAUGUGGUCCAGUAGUAUGUUUUCUGGUUUGAUGUCUCUAUGCACAAUACCAAACUGAUGGAGAUACGCAAGACCUUCGAGCAUCUGAAGUGUAUAGAGUUGAAUCACCGAUUCGUCUUCAAUACGACCGUACUCCAACAAACUUGCCAAUGAUCCACCACUGCAGUACUCCAUGAAAAUGUAAACUCGGUCCCGAUGAACUUCGACACCGAAAAAUUGAACAAUAUUAGGAUGCGACAACAUUUCCAACACAGUCAUCUCACCCUUAAUGGCCGGCACAAUGGAUUUGAUAGACUGUCUAUCCUGGAACCGGAUUUCUUUCACCGCUAAGGCUCCUCCAGUGUCCAGAUUAAUUGAUGCAUAAACUGAACCAAAUGUUCCCCCACCCAGGAAUUUACCUUUCUGCCAUCUGAUGGAGACCGAUGAGAAAGAUGAGGCAAGGUAGGUCAGGAAUUGGUUAUCGGUAUCCGUAUCAUCCAGGACACGGCCAACAGAUUGUUGCUCGACUUGUAGCAAUCUUCUCUCUUCUUCUAGGCGGCCAAUUUGGUACAUGAUGUGUUCUCUCAAUGAACUUAGGCUUUCAUCAUCAAGCGUGAAUAAAUCUUUUUCUGAGAUGGAAUGGUAAUUGAGCAUUCUCUUUUUUUGCAUUUCCUUGGUUCUGGCCCCCAUGAUAUCGAAAUGAGAAAUCAAUAGAGACAUGCACCCUGCAACUUUGUCCUUCAAUCUGUAGAACUUCUCGCUGUCUAAAGUUAGAAUGUUGAAUCCAGUCGUUAUAUCCAUCGCAAACUCCAAAGCAGAGACACACCAUCUGAAUGUUUUAGGGUCUGUGGGUAUACAAUCAUCCACGAUAAAACUCAACCAUUCUAUAGCAAACUGUAACAGCUUCAAAAUGAGUACAGAUUUUCGUGCAUUGUCAAAGGUUCUCAAGAAAUCGCGACCUGAAUCCCGAAUGUAUGUGAACACGGUAUUUGCGAGCUCUUGCGUAUCUUCUAUUCCUCGACAUUGAUUUCUCACAGAAGGCACGGCAUCGAUAACAAAGCACGACAUUCUGAAAAACUGCUUGGAGAUGAGUUGGAGUUCUCUUUGCACUUUUGGCAAGGAGCAUCUCUUGCCAACAGCGGAGCCUAUAGUGUUUCCCACACAUUCUUUGAACCAAUUGGCACAGUCAUCAAUUUUGGAAGAAGAGCCACCUUUAGAAAUCAGCAAAACUUUUCCUUUGUCGAGAUUGCCAAUAGGUAAGGAGGUGAGAUCCAGUGGCAAAACGAUACCAUCCCACAUCAUCGCCUUGGCGGGAUAAACAACCAAAACAUAAUCAUAGCUCUCAUCAAACUCAUUUUGGUCCUCAUCAAAGUUUUCAGCUUCAGCAUAAAUAGGUUCAGCAUAGUAGGUAUAAUUAUCUGCUGCUUCCAUGUGUCUCUUGGGUAUUUUGCUGAAAUCCACACCGAGGUGCGAGCUCUUUAAGAUUCGGGAAACUUCAUAUGGCUUACUCGCAAUGGACUCCGAUGCAAAAACGUAAACACCUUCCUCCGCCAACUGCGCGUUGUGAUAGAGUACAUGAUUACUUUCUUUCAGCAUAUCCAAAAACUUCUUCAUGCGCGCACCGUUCAAAUUGUACAAUAUGGAAUUUUGGAAAUAGAAGUUGAGAAUAGCAUGGAAACGGAAGAACUUCCUUUUUAGUUGACCGAAGUUCUCCAUCAUGGAUGUGUACCAUCUCACCAUUUUAUGUUUGUCCAACGGAGUACCAUCGUAGGGAGGUCCCUGGAACUGAUGUUGCAUGUAUUGAUGUAGCCUAGCAACGAGCUUAGACGUUAAUAUGCUAAACUGAGUUGCAACCUCUGCAGCGCCGCCUUCAAUAUAGAACCCGAGGUUCUGAAGAAAAGACCAUUCGCGUUCAAGCUCUUCCGGCUCUUUGAAUGUUCUAAACGAUUUUGAUGACUUCGGAGAAUCCAACAGCUUUCUGUUCAACAACAGCAAAUAAUGAUGAACACACUCCAAAAUCGCGUUGUCAAAGUCUGCAUCUUGAUAGUCCAACGACGAUAUCCAGCCUUCACGAGGAGAACAAUACUCCAGGAAUGAUGUGCGAAUCUCUAGCGCGAGAGUGAUGUACAGCUUGAAAUCUUCAAGGACUUGGUCAAUCAUCAUCAUUGUUGGAUUUCUCAGUUUUUUGGCGUAUGAUAGUCUGGUGUUCACUAAUUCUUUCAUCAAUUUCGAGGGGAACAUUGCGAGAACCAAGAGGGAGUCAACAUAAGAGGGUAGAUUCAGUUUCUCAAAAUACUGCUGAUACUCAAGGUAAGACUCUUUUGCUUUGAAAGUCCAAUGUGCACAACUAGCAAAUAAUCUUUUGUUGAAUAGAUCCUCAAUAUCCUUCUCUUUCAUGAUUCUCUCCACAAAAGACCGAUCUUCCUUGAAUAUGUUUCCAUUCUUAUUCCUGGUAGAGCUUGUUUCACUGUCCGAGUGGUCCUGAUCAUCUUGGGAUUCUAGUUCAGGGAGUUCGCUAUUUGAGGACGAAGGUCCUGGAGAUCUUAGAAUAUCGAGAUCGUCGUUGCCAACCCAUUUCCUCAAAACGUCAGAUUCUCGCUGAAUAGCGCACGUAAUGGAGGUCCAUGCAAUAAGAGCGUGCAAGCGGGACGUAAAUUCAGGCGUCCCACACAAGGGUUUCUCAUUUUCCAUUUCUUUCUGUGUUCUCCAAAGUUCUUGACAACGUUCAUACCUAUCAAGUAAAUCAUUGACUUUGUCGAACCCAAACUUGACUUGUGUGAUAUACGGCGAAUUUUGUAUGUCUUCCGGCAUUUCAAGUCUAAAAUUCAUGAUUUCAUCAAGGAUUUCAUCAACAAGACCCCUAUGAUAUUGCACGAGUCUUUUCUGAUCCUCCUCGGUUCUACCAAAAAGUUUGGACCGUAUCCCUAUCCAGAGAUCCUCUUUGUAUGAGGCGCGCAAGUAGCUUUCGCCUUCCACUUCAUUCAGUGGUUUGAUCAACUUUGUCUUCUCUCCCGUCAAAACGUCACCAGUGAGCACCGAUUGCAGAAGAGACUGCCAUUCAAGACGCUCCAGAAUGGCAGCAUUGUCAUCGGUGUGCUUCAACUGAAUAUCGUCGCUUUGAUUCAGUAUGUCCAGAAGAACUGUUGAGUCCAGUCUGUACUCAGAUGGUUUUUCCCACUCAUUAGUGGUCAUGCCCACCUGUUGACUCAAAGCUUUCAACGCCUUGAAUUCUUUGCUAUCGUCUUGGCUCAAGUCCUCUUGGAACUCCUCAAACUUAUCCUGUAUUUUUAAAGCCUCUGGGUCCUCAUCGACAGUAACUUCCGCUGGGUCGUCGUCGUCCUCGAUGUCCACCGAUUUGUUAUAAUAAUCGUCGUUCACCUUAUACCUGUUCUUGAACUUGUUGAUACCGUUCAGAUACACCAUCUCCUGUUGCUGGUACUGUUGCGAGUAUUUCGUAUUCAAGUUUGAACGCAAUAUGGAUGAAUGCGGACGCACGCCUUCGAUAGUCGCAGACAUAGGCCCCGAGGAGCCGUUGCUCUGAUUUGAGAAAAGGGUUCGUAACUUUUGGUAGUUGCUGUUUCCUCGACUAGACCUAGAGCUGAUUGGACCGGUGCCGUUGGUGAUAUAAUGGAAGCUUGGUGUUUUGAGCAACGGUGUUCUUUGGGGCUGCUCAUCGGGACUCGAUUUGACACUUUUCUUAGUCGGCAGUUGUUCGGGAGUUGUAUCCAACUUUCCAAUAGCUUCAACGGGCACGCCAUUGUUUAAAUCUGUCUGAAUUUUCAGCAUCUGGUCGGCAGUGUACGUGCCAGUGCUAUGUGGAGACGACAGAGGCGUUCCUCGUGGUGACAGCAAAACGCCUUGAGAGGGUAUUUGCAACUUUAACUUUGAUAGCGAUCGUAGCGUCUCGGAAUCUUCAUGGUGAGUCUCCUCGUCAUUCGGC